AUGAAUCUUAUAGAAUAUAACCAGUCUGAUCGGUGUGAGCAUUUCUCCUGUCCAGAGAGAUCUGUAUCUCCUGUAGUUUAUAUCUUACUGUAUGUUUGUUCAGCUGCUGCGGUUCUGACAACAGUGUGUGGAAAUAUGCUUAUCAUUAUUUCUGUUCUUCACUUUAAGCAACUUCACACAUCUACAAACACACUUGUACUCUCCCUGGCUGUAUCAGAUUUCCUCAUUGGUGCUUUAGUUAUGCUACCAGAGUUAUUCUGGGCAAUUGAGUCAUGUUGGAUUUUUGGAAGAAGUUUCUGCACCAUCUUUUGGUUAAUUGGUGGUUUUAUUGUAGGCGUAUCUGUCUAUAAUGUUGCUCUGAUUUCUGUAGAUCGGUAUUUGGCUCUCUCAAGCCCAUUUUUUUACACAAACAAAAUAUCUAUAUGGGUAAUGUGCACUGUGGUUUGUUCUACCUGGUGUGUGACUCUGGGGUAUAGCAUAACCUUCUGUUAUUUCACUAAGAGCUUCUCGAAUUUUUUACUGUGUCCUGGAGAGUGUAUGCUCUUUCUAAGCAAGGUUUGGUCUCUAAUAGACCUUGUAUAUCUAUUUCUUUUUCCAUUUUCUGUCAUAAUCAUAUUUUAUACUCUAGUUUUUGUGAUUGCUAAGAAACAUGCCACUGCUAUCAGAGAGCUGAAUAAUCACACACAGACUAAAACACGGAAAAUCACCUCACAGUCAAUGAAAUCUGAGAGAAAAGCAGCUAAAGUCCUCGGCAUUUUAGUCUCUGUGUUUCUGGCCUGUGUGCUUCCAUAUUUUAUUUAUAGUUUAUCAGGCAAUCUUAUUGAACUACAGGCAGAAACUGCUCAUAAACUUAUGAUUUUGGUUUAUCUUAACUCUGCCAUUAAUCCAUUUAUUUAUGCUCUUUUUUACCCAUGGUUUAGAAGGUGCAUUAAAUUAAUUAUAACUCUGCAAAUAUUCCAAGCAGAUUCUUCAUUAAUCAGUGUUCUUUCAUGA